AUGUGCUAUGGUAAUAGCGUGGGGCCCCCAGCAGAUUGCGGGGCCAAGACCGGCAACAUUAUCACUCACAAUGCACUCAGUGUGUACGGUGGUGGAGUUUUAUGCCCAUCACCGUCCACUGCUUCGGGAUUUUUCAAUCCACGCAGUCAAGCGUCGGAUUUGAGUCCACUUGAGCUGGGAUUUUCUCGUGGAAUGGGUCUCGUUGCGCCACCACCGCAUUCAGGGUGGCGUGAUACAAGUUUAUCAAAUCACAUUGGAUCAGUCUCUACCAAUGAUGAUCUUACAACAUUGGCACCAUCUCAAUCACUUUUGUCACAAUCACAACCGAAAUGUGAACUUUUAUCACAAUCAACUCCAUCAAAAUGCGAUUUACUUCCAAUGCAACAAAAUUCAAAUUCCAAUGGAAUGCAUCACAGCAAUGCAAAUGGAACUUUAUCAAAUAAUAAUAAUAAUAACAAUAAUAAUUCUACAACUAAUAAUAAUAAUACCACGACGUCUGGAUCAUCUUCAAUCGGAAGUUCAAAUGGAACUCAUGUUAGCGAUGUGAAAAAUCAAAAUAUCGAAUGUGUCGUUUGUGGUGACAAAAGUUCAGGCAAACAUUAUGGACAAUUUACAUGUGAAGGCUGCAAAUCAUUCUUCAAACGUUCAGUUCGAAGAAACUUAACGUACUCAUGUCGGGGGAAUCGAAACUGUCCGAUCGAUCAACACCAUCGGAAUCAAUGUCAAUAUUGUAGAUUGAGAAAGUGCCUCAAGAUGGGAAUGCGACGAGAA